GAAUUCAUCAUCGGUUCGGUUAUCUGCUCAUAGUAGCAGGUGGGUGUGCGCUGCUGGAUGGUUAUUAAUGAAGGAUGGCAUUCGUUUGGUUUAUCACCGUUUUCCUGGCUGCAGUAGCUGAAACUGUAGUCGCUGAUUUCAAUUUUAAACUCUGCGAUCCUAUAAAAGACAGUUAUGGACUCGUACCACCUGUUCUUCCAAAGAACUUCGAAAUGCGUGCAGAGCAUGUGGACUACAAUAAGAAAUACGUCCAGUACGAGGAGCUGUAUUUCGACGACAGCAACUACAGAGCUAAGUACAUGUACAUGCAGAAAGGCAUCGAACACCAUUUCCUUUUUGAUUACGCAGUCGCACAAGUUGUCCAGUAUGAUGUAUUGCAUCCUGGCAUGGAAUUCAAGAAAGAUGUUCUUUCUCACACUUGCACUGCAAUAGAUAUAGACGAAUCAGAGUAUAGAUAUGUAACCGGCUACGUAGAUGAAGCAACUAAGUAUCCAAAGAUGUACACCUCCAACGAGGCUUUACGAUUCGGAGGAAAAUACAGUUACGCUUUUAAUGGAACGUACAGACUGAUGGAUCGCGGGAUUCUUGUAGACAAGUUCAUUGGAUGCAUUUAUGAUUUAGACAUGGAUGCUACGAUGUCUGUAAAUUAUACCUUCAACAAUGAUGCCAUAACCCCAUCUGCUGGUACACCUAAAAGCUUUGUAACUGGGAUAGACAACGGCCUCUUACCCGUACCAGUAAAAGCUGACAUGUACGGAAGCAUGUACGAUGAUCUAUCUGACAAACUUGUGUAUUUUAACAAGACAAUGAAUUACUUCUGGUUUCAAGGUGAACCUGAAUUCAAGCUGGAUACAUUUCAAAUUCCGAAGUGGAUGUACUGCAAAGAUUACAGGGGACGACUAGAUAUGCCAAAAUUUCCGAAUGCAUUUAGUACACGUUUGCAAGUCACAGCGUUUGAGCAAAAUGUGGAUGGAAAGCACACUGCCACUGAAAUGACAUCAUUUGAAGAGAUAUAUUAUUACUAUGAAAAGAAGUUGGCCCGAAGAGAUUAUACACCGGAUCCUACCUCAGAACAUGACAAAGAAAUUUACUCACAGUUCCAGAAUUAUGGUCCUGUCAAAACUGUUUACGAUUUCAACGAAGGUCUCUUAUACGUGACUAACAAGGCAUCAGGUCGCUGCUACAUUCGAGCGAUCAGUGGAGACUUCUUCCAAACUACACAAAAUGUCAUCUACACUAUAAUGGGCACACCGGAAGAAAUCUUUUUGAUGCAGGCUGAUGAAAUGGAGUACAAGGGAACAACUUUCGUUCGAGACAUCGAAUGUGAUGUUUUUGCCGGCAGAUAUUUUGAUGCAAACUUUAAUGCGACAUAUGAUAAAGAAACUUUCUUUUCAACUAAUGGCUGGCAUGAAGAAGCAGAUGAAAUGUUAGAAUAUGGUGUUCCUGUACAGCAUACGAUCUUGCGAAAACAAUUGGCUGGGGAACUGGUAGAAGGUGUGCGAUCAACUAACUUCCUGAAAUUCAAAGCCAAGGCACCGUAUCUAAGAUCCUUCGACGUAAGCAACUGUAUCGAAACUCAAGAUCAUAAAGAUUUUGCUAUUUUACUUGCAGUCUCAGGCGAUGUAAAGAAGGUGAUUUUUAACUAUAAAUUUCACUUCUUGGACGCUAUGCAGUACUACCUAACAGAAGUUACAAAAGUGAUAACUCCUCUCAGAAUUCAAAGGUUACAUCUUCGACAAGUCUCUUUAACCGACCCGCGAACUGUUUUAUUGCUCACGCUUGUUGAUAAGGCUAAACUGAAAACGAAUGUUGUAGUUGGACAGAAAGGAGCUAACUUGGAGGAAGCAAUUAUAUCUCUAUACACGCUCAUCAAUAGAGGGGGAUUUGCCCUGCAGUUUAUUCAUCCCGUCUCCAAGGAGAACUAUUUAGUCGCAGCCAGGCCUCGUAGCCUGUACGUGCUGACUUCUACUGGAGACUUAAAAGCCGUAGAGAAGCCUGUUCCAGAUUUUGAAGACACCAAUGAAGUUGAUGGCUUAGUUCAAAUAUUACCACAAAUAAGUGAAAAUGUUCUCCAGAACGCUGAUGACGGAGAGGUGGAAGAAGAAAAAGAGGAGAAAGGAAUGACACCAGGUGGUCUUGGAAUGCUGGCUGUGGCAAUGCUUUUCAUCGGCGUCGGCAUCGGAGUUUCUAUAAUGUAUCUUUACAUAAGAAAAUACAGCGCAAACAACAUUGAAGACCAGCUUGCCUUAGCUAAUUCAGCGCCUGAAAUCAAUUUUCCAUUACCAUCAACCUCAGAAACUAAAAGCAUCUCAUAGAACAUUUUAAUAUUGUGAUAGUAAUUGUAUAUAUUGAAUAUGUUUCUAUUCUGUUCUAUAUUACUCUUUAGCUGCAGUGGGCACUGCAAAACUGUCAUCAUUAUUACUCUAGAACAGUGGUCUCCAAACUGUGUUCCGUGGAUCCCCUGGCCUACGAGAGUCAAACCCCACUUUUCCUCCAGUCAAAAUAAAAAUUUGAAAAGAAAUUUAUAAAGCGGUUACACUAAUUGACAAGUAUUUAUUAACUAAAAAAUGUAAAGAUAUUUUACAUUUAGUAAUAAAUUAGGUUUAAAACUUA